AUGCUGUAUACGACGGAUGGCUUUCUACGCGCGAACUCCAUCACAUCUCUCAGUGAUCGUGUCCAGCAGAUCGCGACCCUCCUUACGACCGUGAACGGCAACAACAAGCGCCUCUUACUCGUUGCGGCCUCCAUUUACAUAGAAUCUUGCAGCUGGCUCGUUGAGAUCCUGCGCGGUCUCUCAGGCUUCAGUGUCGCCAACUCCUGUCGCGUCGACGAGAUUGUUCCCACGCUCUUUGCCCUCAGCGCAAGCACCCUGGACUCCCUACUACAACGCCUCAUCGGCGGGGCGCGCAAGGUGGUCAUUGAAAUGUUUACGCAUAUCAACAAGCACAGCCUUGACGCCGACUUUCCUGCGCGCGCAGUGUCACUAGCAAAGUUUGAGCGGUGGAGCGAUCACAUCACCACACUACGCCUCAAGGUCCCGAGAACCGCAUUCUUCUACCAGCUGCAUCAAGGCGCCGCAGCCGCAGCCGAUGGCGAUACCUUCUCAGCAAUGUCGGGUACGAAAGAGUUCAAGUCUGCGCUCGCGCUAUUGACGACCCUUCCUCGAUGCAAAGCUGUUCAGAUCCAGCACGACACCCCAAGCAGUGGCUGGCUCCUAUGCGACUACCAAUCCAGUCGACGGGAGGUCCGUGACAAGACCAUGGCUGUCCUGGGCGACGUGUUGCGCGAGAAUCUGGAGCAUGGUCUUGUCGGCUUCAUGCUUUCUUCGCACACGCAAUGGUACGAGGAGUACCGCCUAUGCUACUUCGAAGAACAAGAGAAGGAGGUAGAGAAGGAGACAGAGGAAGAAGAUCCACGCGCAGAGGCUGAGGAAGAUGGCCGACCAGCAGAGGUUGAGGAAGAUGGCCGACGCACAGAGCUGGAGGAAGAAGGCCGCGGCCAUGAAGAGACAGAAGAUGCAUACGCAGGCCAGUCCCGAGACAUGGUUCGUGAUGAGUAUCGCUCACGUGGGCUUCCUCGGCCUAUUCCCAAGAAGAAGGCGGACAUUGUGGCGGCUCUGCAGAAGGACGAUUUGAGGAGGUUGGAGUAG